UACUAUGGAGUGUCAAGUCUAGGUUCGGGUGAAGUAUAGACGUCUAUUCGUCACUUCACCGAGCACUAGAGACACUUUCCCUGGUCUUGUUGAUGUCCCUUCACUUAUAGCUCGUUUGCUGGGCGUCCAACUUUAAGAGAGUAUUGGCGGCAUAGACCGUAACGAGGUCUUCCGUCGAAGUUUCAUCCCGUUAAUUAUGUAGGCUUUCUCAGACGUUAUUUUUUCCCAUGUAGGCACAGGUCAGCACAAUGUCCCUCUCAGUGGCCCUUAACGGCCCGUUGUUCGCGCUUGGAGGCCCGCGCGAAGCAGCGUCGGAACUUCGCUGUAGCUGCGUCGUCAGUUCCCCCGUCGGCCUCAGCCGCUAUCCUUCCUCUUCGGCUAAAUUAUCCGCGUCCAGGCCUCCGACGAACCGCGCCAGACGGCUCGGACCGAACCUCGAGUCAUGGGUCGGGACGCCCCUCAGGCUUUCUCCGCCUGCGCCUCUCCAAGCUCGCGGCAGGGGAGCCACGGUGAUCGUGCGAGCCACGACAGACUUGUACCAAACCCUCGGGGUUCCCUAUACCGCGAACAAACAGGAAAUUAAGAAGGCGUUUCGGGAAAUGGCUAGGAAGUAUCACCCGGACGUGUCCCAAGCCUCAGGUUCGGGCCGAGCCUUCCAGGCCAUAGUGGCGGCGUACGAGGUUCUAUCAGACGACCAGCAACGGCGCCUGUACGACCUCAGUACCGCUCGCACUCUUAGUGGCUCGAGACGCCGCUCCCCACGGCAUUGGUCGUCCAUGUCAUCUGCCACGUCAGCACACAGAUCGUCUGCCAGCUUCGACCCUUCCGACAGGACCUUCUCAGGCUCGGCUUGGCCCUCCUCCGAGCCUAUCUCAGCUUCGGCCCGAGCCUCGUCCUCCGAGUGCCCGAUCUUCUCGGCAUGGUACCUGCGGUGGCUGUUCAAUGUGCGCUGGUCGCUGGCAGUGAAACGGCGAACCAGGCGGGCCGCUGAAUUCAAAAGCAGGGGGGCGACUGAGCUGAAGCGAGAAGGGGCGGCUGACGUCAGAAGCAGGAGGGAUGCUGGAGGGAAGGCGAGGGGCGGGUGGGAGGGUGUUAGUCAGGAGGGGGGGGUGUGCAGCCAAGCUGGUGGGGAGGGGAGGAGGCUGCACACACAGAGGGGAUCUGAGAGACUUGAGCAGGCUGGAUCAGAGCAGGCUGGAUCAGAGGCAUUGUUGGAAACGGGUGGGCUAUGGGGAGGAGAUGGCUUGACUUCUGGCAGGGUUGUUGUUGUUGCUGCUGCUGAGUUUGCUGGUCCGCCUGCUGCUGCGGCUUCCACUGGCGCUGCUGCUACUGCAGCCACGGCGGCUGAGGGCGGUGCAGGACGAAGAGAGGAAGUGACAAGAUCGAGAGAAAAGAACACCAUUUCUGGAAGUAGGGUUUCUGGAGAGGAAGCUGAUCUGCAGGAUACAGCCGCCUCUGCUGCUGCCGCUGCCGCUGCUCCAAGAUCUAAAGCUCAAACCGAACCCCUGACAUCACAUGCCCUUUCCCUCCUCUCUUUCUUCCGCCACGCACCCUCCUCUCUCUUCCACCUCCUCCUCUCCCCUCUCCAGCCCGAAUGGCGAGCCUCCAUUGGCUCAGACCUAGUGUUCAUCCUCGUUAGUAGCGUCCUUUGGGCUAUUUAUGGCAUCGAUGCUACUGUAGCGUGGCUCUCCUUGGUCCUUAUCCUCUCGGCGAAUACGAGGCUCGGGUUGAAGGUUGCCGGAGCUGUGGCGUGGAGGCUCGGGGGAAUGCCGGGCCUGGGCAUGGGUGUAGGGCUCCAUGCCUUGCUGUUUUUGCUGGGAAAUGUGCAUCAUGAAGCGGUGGGAGCUAUGGCACUUUCUGUGUGUAUGGGAAGGGGGGUUGUUGGCGGAUUUGCUUUGGCACCGGUGAUUGUGGUGUUUUUCGUCUACAAGUGUUUGGGGUUGGUGGAUUUUAUAUGGUUGGAGUGUAGGAGGGCAUGGAUUUGUGGGGCGAGGCGUGCUUUUGAGGGGGAGGUUGGCCAAUGGGAAGGUGACUAUAUGGAGGGAAGCGAUGAGUUCGCAUAUGCUACUAGAGAACCAGUAGCAUAUCACAUGAGCAUGGCUCCGUUGUAAUCUCAUUACCGUAGCACAUAGCAUUGAUGUGCUGAGAAGUAGUUACUUUUAUUUAUUCUAACC